AGUGCCUCUCCGCUGUCAGUGGACUCCGGGCAGGCUUCAUUAGUCGUCACGGGGAGGCAGCGCCGUGACUCACUGCCUGCGUGGAGGGACCAAUGGGCAGCCUCAGCCUCCGAUAUAAAUAACGUAUAGAAGAUAUUCUUGAGAGAGGAACGGGUGGAGGGGGGUCAGCCCGCGCUCACAGCUGGAUUGGAUUCUUUCAGUGCGCUCCCUCCGUCAAUGGACUGCUUCUUGUCGCGCAUAUCAUUGAGUCGAUAACCUGUGCCGGUGAAUUAUCCCCCAGCUUUGGACACCAGAUAACGGAGAAGCGAUGGCGACGUCCGAACCCAGAGCCACCGAGGAGGAGCAGGACCCCAACGCGGCUAAUUUAAGACCCCAGUCUGGAACCUACGAGUAUGCGUGGAUGCACGGAUGCACACGGAAACUGGGGAUGAAGAUUUGCGGCUUCCUGCAGAAGAACAACAGCCUGGAAGAGAGAGGGAGGCUCGCGGGCCAGAAGAACCUGCUCUCGUGCGACAACAGUGACAGAGACUCGCGCUACCGCCGCACAGAGACAGACUUCUCCAACCUGUUCGCCCGAGACCUUCUCCCAGCCAAAAAUGGAGAGGAGCCCACCAUACAGUUUUUGCUGGAGGUUGUUGAAAUCCUCACAAACUACAUCAAGAAAACCUUUGACCGCUCCACCAAGGUGCUGGACUUCCAUCACCCUCACCAGCUGCUGGAGGGCAUGGAGGGUUUCAACCUGGAGCUGUCUGACCAGCCGGAGUCGCUGGAGCAGAUCCUGGUGGACUGCAGGGACACGCUGAAAUACGGCAUCCGGACAGGCCACCCACGGUUCUUCAAUCAGUUAUCGUCUGGUUUGGACAUCAUCGGGCUCGCAGGAGAGUGGCUCACUUCCACGGCGAACACCAACAUGUUUACCUACGAGAUUGCUCCAGUGUUCGUGUUGAUGGAGCAGCUGACUCUGAAGAAGAUGAGAGAGAUGAUUGGCUGGCCAGGCGGAGAAGGAGACGGCCUCUUUUCACCAGGGGGCGCUAUCUCCAACAUGUACAGCGUGAUGAUCGCUCGCUACAAGUACUUUCCUGAGGUCAAGACAAAGGGCAUGUCUGCCGCUCCCCGCCUCGUCCUUUUCACAUCUGAACACAGCCACUACUCUAUUAAGAAGGCCGGAGCCGCUCUUGGCUUUGGGACCGACAACGUCAUCCUGCUGAGCACAGACGAAAGAGGGAGAGUCAUACCUGCAGACCUAGAGGCUAAAAUCAUUGAUGCAAAACAAAAGGGUUACGUGCCAAUGUUUGUGAAUGCCACAGCCGGUUCCACUGUGUAUGGAGCCUUUGAUCCCAUCAACGAAAUUGCUGACAUCUGUGAGAAGUACAACCUGUGGCUUCAUGUAGACGGCGCCUGGGGCGGUGGACUGCUAAUGUCUAGGAAGCAUCGUCAUAAACUAAAUGGAGUUGAGAGAGCCAACUCUGUCACUUGGAACCCCCACAAGAUGAUGGGUGUCCCUUUACAGUGUUCUGCCAUCCUAGUCAGAGAGAAGGGAAUCCUCGCAGGCUGUAACUCCAUGUGCGCUGGCUACCUUUUCCAACCAGACAAACAGUACGACGUCACCUACGAUACAGGCGACAAGGCCAUCCAGUGUGGGCGGCACGUUGACAUCUUUAAGUUCUGGCUCAUGUGGAAAGCCAAGGGCACUAUUGGCUUCGAGCAGCACAUCGACAAAUGUUUGGACCUGUCUCAGUACCUGUACAACAAGAUCAAGAACCGGGAGGGAUUUCAGAUGGUUUUUGAUGGCGUGCCUCAGCACACAAACGUUUGCUUCUGGUACAUCCCACCCAGCCUGAGAGGAAUGCCCGACAGCGAUGAGCGGCGAGAAAAACUCCACAGGGUUGCUCCAAAGAUCAAGGCCAUGAUGAUGGAGUCGGGGACCACAAUGGUGGGCUACCAACCCCAGGGCAAUAAAGUCAACUUUUUCCGCAUGGUUGUCUCCAAUCCUGCUGCCACACAGUCGGACAUCGACUUCCUGAUUGAUGAGAUUGAGAGGAUGGGUCAAGACCUGUAGUUCUCUCUGUUAUUCAGACAGCAAAUGGUGGGGGGUGGGGGGUUGCCUCGAGCCUAACAAGCAAAAAUAGGAGUCACGUGAAACGUCAAUAGUGCUGCAGAAAGAUAAAUGGCAGAGUCUGGUUUUGGUUUCUUUUUAUUCAAUAGUAAUUUGCCUGAGGCAUUCUAAAUGUUUCAGCAACUGAAGAGAAACAAGUUCACACAGUAGAUUAAAUAUAUAACCUGUACCUGACUUCUCCAGGUACAGAAAGUGUAGGAUUUUUCUGUGAUGUGGAGUCUUUUAAUAUUUUAACUUAAAUGUAACAAUAAGGCUCUCAUUCAGAGACAUUUGUCUUUUCAAGCUAUAUGUGUGAGUGAGUAUGUGUGAAGAUUGUAAAUAACAAAAAUGGGGC